CAUCGAUUGUACACUUAGUAUUCGGAUGAACACAAUAUUAAUAGGUUACCUCUUUAACAAAUUAAAAACGAAAUUUAUGUUAAAAAUUCCAUAUAAUAUAAGUUUGGACAUUUCAGAUAGUUAUUCUUUUUGGACCAAAACUGUUAUGGUUUCAGAGUAUUAAAAGUGCACUUUAUCAUCGCCAUGGGAGCAUCGACAGUUAAGCCCUUUUCUGAAGCGGAAUGCAAGGCUAUCAAGAAGUUCACGAAGAGUUACAAGAAGCAUCAUGCCGACCUAGACGAAGACGAGGUAAAAAGGUCAGCAGAAAAUGCCUGGGGAAAGCUUUUGCCCCAUCAAAAGAAGUAUUUUGAGGUGAGACCUAAAGAAACCCCCGUAAAAAGAAUGUUGCCGGCCGCCAGGAAAAAACCUAAGAACCAGAAGAAGAAAGCAGUCCCCAAAUGGCGUUAUCGUUCGAGGAAAAGACCCAUGGCCAAGCCCACGCCAAAUCCCAAUAAUCCUGCAAUGAGCACCGCGUUCAUUGGAUUUUUGCGCGAGUACCAAAGGAGGAACACCAUCGUAGACGUAAAGAAAAGGCUGCAAAGAGCAGCCAAGAUGUGGUCAAAACUAUCUAAAGCUCAGAAAAACAAAUUUCGCACGGCGGGAGGGAGGGAGAGCUUUCUCAAGAAUUAACAACAAUAUGACCUGGACUUCUAAGCACUUUUUACAAGCCGACUAAAUAAAUUGUAUUGUAUUAAGCCAACAU